CAUUUACAACUGUACUCAAGGCAGCCAACUUGAAAGUUAAAUCUUUCCACUCGCAAAUACGAUCAAUAGCGAAGUGUACUUUGGUUGUGUUGCUUAGCGCUCGGUGGAUUUAAAUAAUGGCUCUAUUCAGGAUCACAUCAUCAAAACUUAUUGAUAUACAGAAAACAUGCCCAACAGCGACGAUACUGCUGCGAAACUUAAGCGCGGAACAGACGAAUCUUAAAAGUAUCCUACAGGAGAAGAUCCCCAAAGAACAAGAGAAGAUCAAAGAAUUCCGUAAGAAGCAUGGGGCCACCAAAGUUGGCGAAGUCACCGUCGACAUGAUGUACGGUGGCAUGAGAGGCAUCAAGGGUCUUGUUUGGGAGACGUCUGUAUUGGAUCCUGAUGAGGGCAUCCGUUUCCGUGGCCUCUCAAUCCCCGAGUGCCAACAGCAGCUGCCAAAAGCCAAGGGCGGAGAGGAACCCUUACCCGAAGGUCUGUUCUGGCUUCUGGUGACCGGUGAAAUACCAACCGAGGCUCAAGUGAAGGCUAUUUCCAAGGAAUGGGCUCAAAGAGCUGAACUUCCCGCUCACGUGGUGACCAUGUUGAACAACAUGCCCAGCAAGUUGCAUCCGAUGUCACAGUUCUCAGCAGCCGUUACAGCCCUCAACAGCGAGUCGAAGUUCGCGCAGGCCUACUCCGAGGGUGUUCACAAGUCCAAGUAUUGGGAGUAUGUGUACGAGGACUCUAUGAAUCUGAUCGCUAAGCUGCCGGUUAUAGCCGCUACUAUCUACCGCAACACCUAUCGCGAUGGUAAGGGCAUUGGAGCGAUCGAUGACAACAAGGACUGGUCAGCCAACUACUGCACCAUGUUGGGCUUCGACGAUCCCCAGUUCACAGAGCUCAUGAGGCUAUACCUCACCAUCCACAGCGACCACGAAGGCGGUAACGUGUCUGCUCACACCACCCACCUCGUGGGCUCGGCUCUAAGUGACCCCUACCUUUCAUUCGCUGCUGGUCUCAACGGUCUCGCGGGACCUCUCCACGGACUCGCCAACCAGGAGGUAUUGAUCUGGUUGGAGAAACUGCGCAAGCAGGUCGGUGAUAACUUCACGGAGGAAGGCCUCAAGGAGUUUAUUUGGAAGACACUUAAAUCCGGUCAAGUCGUGCCCGGAUACGGUCACGCCGUGCUUAGGAAGACUGAUCCCAGAUACACCUGUCAACGCGAGUUCGCCCUCAAGCACCUUCCCAACGACCCCCUGUUCAAACUUGUGGCAGCGGUGUACAAAGUCGUUCCUCCAAUCCUAACCGAGCUCGGCAAGGUCAAGAACCCGUGGCCAAAUGUCGACUCACACUCUGGUGUGCUCUUACAGUAUUACGGUCUUAAGGAGAUGAAUUACUACACGGUGAUGUUCGGUGUGUCUCGUGCUUUGGGUGUGUUGGCUCAGCUGAUCUGGUCCCGUGCUCUCGGUCUGCCCAUAGAACGCCCCAAAUCCCUCAGCACCGACCUCCUCAUCAAACAGAUCGGCAAGUAAACGUAUAAGUGCCAAAAAGGGCCAAACUCGUGUAGUAAUGGUGGGUAGGCAAAGUUUUACUGUCCCGGUUACUCUUGAAUCACAGAACAAUAGUCAAAUUUUAUAUUUAAAUGUCUUACAAACUGUCAUAUUUUAGUAUUAAGCGUAAUAAAUGUUAUGGAUAAUUUAUUUAUUGUUAUUGUACUUUUUUUCUAUAUCUAUAUCUGUGAUUAUAUUUUGUUUGUAUUCUGUAUAUAUGUAAAAUUUGAUUUGUUUUUUUUUUUCUAUUUACUAAUCAUGUCUUUGACUUUUGGAAUGUGUUUCAAACGUGAUCGGUCCAAUUAGCUGCCAUACUACGAUCGAGAAUUUUUAACUUUGGGUCAUUUGGAUAAUUAAUUGUAGGGUUUUUCAUAGUAAAAUUUUGUGACGGUAUGCUGUGCAUACUGUUCUCAUAGUGGACAUAAUAUUCAGGCCUACACAUUAAAUAAAUAUUCGAUGCUCAGUAGUUUUCAGUAUUUAAUCGUUUUCAUUGUACUUAGAUUCAAUAGAUCUAUGCUUUACAAGAGAUAUAAUAGAUCACGUUCGAUAUUGUUUUAACAUAUAACAAUCGGAUUAAAUCUGACAUAUCUCUUGUUAAUUUAUUUAUUAAAUCAUUUCUAAAACACGUAGUUAAAUUAUUUGAUAUCAAGUUACCAAAGUAUUGAUGUAAUUUAUUUCAAUGAUUUUUAAGUUCUGAAAUGUAUCCAUCGUAACAUUUUUCUUUACCGAUCAGGAACACCGUAUGAUUAAAAAAACUAGCUAAAUGUCUGGUAGUUUGAUUGUAUGUAUGAGUUGUACGAUAAUUUAUCAACGAGUGAUGUCAUGCAUUGUUCUAUCAGCGUAUAUUGAGGCGACAACACUGAAUUGACAAUACUAAGAAUAAAUCGGUAUCUUGUAGUA